AUGGCUCCGCAGGCGUGGGUCGUGGCGGAGAACGGCGAGGACCUCCAACGACCCAGGGAAUUCCUGCCGCUCUCUAAGCUUGAAGAUGUUGGCGUGCUGUAUUGGCAUUUGGACCCUAAGAAAUCUGAAAGCGAGGAGGAGCUAGUGAAAAUCCGCAAAGACAGAGGAUACAGUUACAUGGAUCUUAUUGAGAUAUGUCCCGACAAACUGGAAAACUAUGAGGAGAAGGUGAAGAACUUCUUCCGUGAGCACAUGCAUCCUGACGAAGAGAUCCGCUAUUGCUUGGAGGGCAGUGGGUACUUUGAUGUCCGCGACAAAGAUGACAAGUGGAUUCGAAUCUGGAUAAAGGAAGGAGACAUGAUCAUCCUACCAGCUGGAAUAUAUCAUCGGUUCACCCUUGACAGCGCCAAAUACACGAAGCUCAUGAGGCUUUUCAUUGGGGAACCAGUCUGGACCGCAUUAAACCGGCCUCAGGAGGACCAUCUGGCUAGGCAAGAGUAUGUCAAGAAUAAUUUCCCGACGAUGCAGUUGUAUAAGGUUAGCUUGUUGGAGAGGCAGGUGUUUAAGGUCAUGGGUUUUGGUUCUCUAUAUCUUUUUGCCUCUGGCUCUGACUCCGCAAAGGAGUUAGCGGAGCCCUACGAAACAUCUCUAAACAUCUCAUGA